AUGAAUAAAAUCAAGCCAUUCAUUUAUGGACCUAAAACUGAUAAUACACCAGAUUAUUACAAUCGAGUUCGUUAUAUUCGAGAUUCGUGUAAAGUAUUUUCUGAUGUUUGGAAAUCAGAUAAAGAUUACUUAAAUAAAAGUAUUGAUAGUGAAAUAUCAAAAGCAUUCAAAGAAUUUCGUCAAGGUGAAGUUGCACGAAAUUAUCGAUCUCCAUAUGGACCAAAUGGCGCUCCAUCGGUUUUAAAUCGAACUAUUGAUGAUUUAAUUCAAAUACAUGAAUUUAUUGAUUCAAGAAGAAAAGAAUCUCUUGAUUCAAUUAAAAAAAUUAUUGAACAAGCAAGAGAUAAACAAGCUAAUAUUCGUCAAACAAUGACUGAACUUAAAGAGAAUUAUGAAAAAUCUCAACGAAAAUUAGAAACAGCUGAUUCUAAUUUAAAAAAAUUUCAAACUCGAUCUGAUCGUUUAACAUUAUCCAAUUUUGAUGAACGUUCUAAUGAAUUAGAAGAUAUUCGUACAGAAUGUGAACAAGCACGAACAUUAGCACAUGAUACGUAUGCAACAGAAACAUAUAAAAUUGCAAAUGAAGAACAUUAUUUAACCCAAAAUAUCUUUUCUCAAUAUUUAUUUGAACAAAAUAAUUAUUAUUCACAAAUAUCAAAAUAUUUAUCAUCAAGAAUUCCAAUUAUUGAACAAAGAUUAGAAGAAGAUGAAUUAACACCUCCAUUUAAAUGUGAUUUAAUAAAACAUUGUUCGAAAAGAUAUGAUACAUUAUUAGCUUAUCCUAUUGAAAUAUGUAUUCAACUUUUAAAAAAUAGUGUCAAUGAAGAAGGUCUUUUUCGUAUAGCAGCAGCGAAUGGAAAACAAAAAAGAUUAGUUGCUGAACUUGAUUUACAAUCUAUUGAUAGAGCUACUUCAUUAAAUGAACUUGGUUAUGAUCCACAUGUUCCUGCAAAUACACUUAAACAAUAUUUAAGAGAACUUCCAGAUUGUUUACUUACAUCUGCACUUUUUCCACAAUGGAAUGAAAUUCCUCUACUCAGAGAACCGGAUCGUGUUCCACGUAUUGGUCAAUUAAUAAAUCAAUUACCUAAAAUAAAUUAUGAAAAUCUCCGUUAUUUGGUUCGUUUCUUAGCUCGUGUAACUCAAUAUCAAUCUGAAAAUAGGAUGACACCAGAAAAUUUAGGUAUUUGUGUUGGAUGUAGUAUAUUAUAUCCAAAAGAUCAGUCAUCAAAUCCAUAUGCAAGUGCUUCAACUAUUCUUGAACUUAUGAUUAUUCAUCAUAAACAAUUCUUUCCAAAUUCUUCUCAACAAGAUCAAUCAGUAAAACCAAUUAAAUCUCAACCUGAUCUUAUUCCAACAGAAUUUCAUUCCAAAAGUCGAAGUGGUUCAAAUGAAAAUUUAUUAGAUACACAAUCAUUAUCAGGAUUUCCGCAUCCAUCUCCUAGUACACGACGAAAAAAUAAAGCUCCACCUCCACCUCCAUCUUCAUUAUCUCAACCAAUACAAACUGAACAAACUUCUCCUGAUCAAACAUCAACUCCAUAUUUAACAGGUAAUCGUAUUAAACUAAAAAAAGAAGCAAAAGAAACAAAAACCUUAACAUCGAAAAGUACCGAAGAAUCAUCUCCAUCAUCUAAUCAAGUCAACAAUUUACGCAAAAUAUUUACUAGAGUGCCAAGUUCAUCAAGUUUUACUCCAAGUGAUCGAGGUCAUGUGCGUACAUUAAGUGAUGGAAUACAAUUAGAUCGUCCAGGAGCACCACCACCUCUUCCGCCACCGGUUGUUGUUGUUGCUUCACCAAUUAUUCGAUCAAAAGAUAGAACUUCCAUUUCAUUACCAGCUACUAUUAAUAAUAAUAAUAAUAAUGAAUAUGAAGGAAACAUCUCAUCAGUAGAAGAAAAAUCAAUUGAAAGUGAUUCAUCAACAGAUCAAGUAAAUCCUGCUCCUCCACCGCCACCACCACCAGUAACUGAUGGUGUUAAAGUUGGAAAAUUAAUUUCGGAAUUAAAUAAUCGAAUGGCUGCUGCCAAAUUAAAUAAUGCUCAACCAAAUACUAUUCGUGCUUCUUCUAUUCGAAAUAGCACACUAAGUACACCUGGAGAAACAACUGAUUUCUAG